AUGGAUAAAUCAAAAUUGGUUUAACAUACAUCAUCAUUGAAUACUAAUCUGCAAUAUUACCUAAAUAAGUUUGAGAAGAAUUAAGAAUGGGCUGAUAUAGCUCCAUUAUUAAUGAAAAUUGAAGGAUUGUUGAAAUAGCAUCCAUCUCCAUACAUAAUAGAAAAGAUUUAAUUAAGCAAAAGAUUAGCAUAAUGUCUUAAUCCUCAUGUAUGAGUUUAAUAUAUUAAUUAGCUUUCAGCUCCAAUUCAUAUGUCAGUAUUAAAGAUCUAUGAUUAAUUAUUCAAAAAUAUGGCAAACUUUAGUGUCGAAGGAGAUCCUUCUGGUGUUGUUAAAUUAUAUUUAGAAGAUCUUGCUUUAUAUUCAAUUGGUUUACUUCCAUUUUUUUCUAAUGCAUCUUCAAAAGUAAGACCAUAAUUCUUAGAAUUAAUUAUUUAACAUUAUGUACCAUUGGGAAGGGAAUUAAUUCCAAUGUUACCUGGAUUAGUAGCCAGUAUAUUACCAGGAUUAGAUGAUUAAUAGGAAGCCAAUUAAAAGAAAUGUAUGAAUGUAUUGGAUGCAUUGAGUUAAUCAGCAGGUAGAAAAUUCCUUAUUGGAUCAGUAUGGAUGUCAAUGCUUAGAAGUCCAAAAUGUAGAAGGUAUUUUAACUAUAUAUUAAUUAUAGUUCAUCUUUAAAGUAUUUAUCUUAAAAGAUUCCAAAAAUGUAAUAGGAAUAGGAAGAUGAAUAAUCAGAUUAUGAAAGUGAUGAAUAUGAAGAAGAAGAAUAAUAAUAGAAAACGUAAUCUAUUUCAUAAGAAUAAAUAUAAUAAUAAUAAAAAGCGACAUAAAAUAAUUAAGAUAUAGAAGACAUUAAAGAUGAUUCUAUGGAAUAAAUUAUGGAUAAUAAUGCUUAAAAUGAAAUAAGAAAAAGAACUAUUGUUGUUGAAUAGAGUAUGGAAUUAAAACGUAAAUAAGCUUUGAUGAUGAUUGAAGAUGGUAUCAAUGAAGAAACAUAUGAAAACAAUUUUCCACCACUUUACGUUUCUGCUCUUAUUUCUUGUUUAGAAGAUGAAAAGUAUUUUCUUAAAUUAUAUUUAGCUAAUUAAUUAAAAGACAAGCACUUGAUAUGAUGUAUACACAUUUGAAAUCUAAUGUCAUUUAAGAAAAUAAAGAAAUUUUAGUUGAAGCUUCAUUAAAGUUACUUAUAAGAAAAGAUUUAUCAGUAACACGAAGAGUCAAUUAAUGGUUAUUCGGUAAACCAGACAUGGAUAAUAAAUAUCAAAUAAAUGAAUAAAAUAAAGACAUACUAUAAUAUGUUGUAAAUUCAUUUAAUAAAUUUUUGUAAUAAGAAACAAAUGAUUAGAAUGCAGUUUUUCCAAUAAAAUUAUUAUAGAAUUUCUUCAUGGAACAUGAUCAUAUGGUAGAAUUACUCAUUGGGAAAGUAUCCUAUAAUUUAAUCAAAUAUGUUGAAAUUCAUAACAAAAAAUAUCCAGAAAUAGUAAAAUCUUGUAAAAGAUUGUUAGAAUCUAUUACAUCAUUUUUAUUAAUAGUUGUUAAUGAAGUUAGUAGAUAGUACAACAAAUAUAUAAAUUUUUUAUUUUCUACUCUAAUAACUAAAGAGGAUAAUUUUGAUAAAACAGUAGAAUUUACUUUAUUAAGAAGUGCAUCAGCUAAUUUAAUGAGUUGUUUAUCAAAUUUUUCUUCUGAAGAAUUAAGAAAGUAAUCACCAGGUUCAACUUUGAAUAAAUUAUUAGCGAGAAUGGAAUAAUUACCAUAAUAGUAAUAAGAUAAUUAAUUAGUAAAACCUGCUUAAACCCUUGAUUAUGAUGAAGCAAUAGAAUAAUUUGGUUCAUUAUAUUAAAAAUUGGCAGAUGUAAUUCUUGAAGGAGAUGAAUAAUUAAGAGUUGAAUUUGAAUCAAUAAGUAAAUCAUUAAUUAAGGGAUAAAGAUUCAAAUAAAAUAAGGAAGUAUCUAAUUUACCUAAAUGGUUUACAUCAAUUACAAAAAUCAUAAAAGAAGAGAAUCCAUCCAUAUCUUUAUUAGCAAUCUAGAGUAUGAUUGAAAUAUUGAUAUCUGAGAAAGUUGAUAUUAUUUAUGAAAACUUAAAAAAAUUGAUUAUUGAAGAAAGUAGAACUAAAAUGUUGAAAAAUUAAAUUGUGGAAGGAUAAGAUUAUACUAAAUUGACAUUAGAAAAAUUAUGGAAUCUAUUAGAUUAUCCUUUCUUUCAUGAAAGAAUCAUAGAGAUGAUUGUCAAUUUAUCAAAAGUAUUUCCAACAUUUUUUACAGAAGUUGUAAUUCAUCAAUUUAAAAAUAUGUAAGAAGCUGCAAUCAGAAGAUUUGCGCUCUUUUGGAAAUUGAGUGCUACUCAUUAUAAAGAAUUAUAAGAUCUAAAUAAAGUAGGUUUGUUUCUAAUGCUUGAUUUUUUGGAUCAUGAAAAUCCUAUUAUAAGACAUAAUGCUAAAAAUUGGUUAUUAGAAUCAACAGGAAUGUUAGAGAGAAUUCUUGAUCCUUUAUUUGAAGUACUUAUUUAAAGUAGUUCAUCUUGGUACUUAACUGAUAAUCAAUAAAUAUUCUUUGCAAAGGUUUAUGAAACAAAAAGAAUUAAUGAAACCAUAAAAAAAUUAAAAUCUAUUCUUAUUUCUUUUAGUGCUAGAUUCAUGGAAUAUGUCUAAGAGACAGAAAUCUCAUCAUACAUAAAAGAUAUUAGAAUGCAUUUCACAAGUGAGAGUAGUGUGAUCAUGUAAAAGGACACUAUGAUGUAUCUUGAUUUAUUGGUUAUUAUUUGUUUAAAGUAUGUUUAAGGAUAAGCUAUUGAGAGUAUGUCUUUAAAAUUUUAUAAAGAAAAUGCAGCAGUUAAUGCAUCAGCAUGUGAAUACAUUGAAUUAUUAAUUGUCAAUGUUGAAAACCCUAUUGUAUCUUUAAAAUUUGCUGAAUAUAUUAUGUAACCCUUAUAAAUAGUUUUGUAUCAUGCAAUAGAAAAUGAAGAUCUUGUAAUGCAAGUUCAAAUUUUAAAUCUUUUCAAAGUCAUAUUUUUUAGUUCUUCAUUUAGAACUAAAUUCCAACCAGAAUAAAGAGAAUUAAUUGAAGAUACAAUGAGUAGAUCAGUAAGUAAUAGUAUUUUCAUUCCUACUCUUUUAAGAGGAAUGCAUACUCAUGUUCUCUAUGUUAGAGCAUAGUACAUUCAUUUUAUUAGUACUUGUAUACCUUUAUUAGCUGAACAUUUAAGAUAAUAGACUUUGACUGAUUGUGUCUAAUAGAUUUUAACUGCUUAUUUUAAAAUGAUUAAAGAUAUUGCAAAUAGAUAAUAUGAAUAAUAAAAAUCUGAUUAAAAAAUGAAUCAAUUUGACUUUCUUUAAGGAUCAUCUUAACAUGAAAUUUAAUCCAUCUUGAUUGGAGUUAAAACUAUUUUAAAACAUAUUCUUGGAUUAUAAGAGAGAGAUGAUAUGAUUUAUGAAAAAUUGAAGGAAGAUAAUACUGUUUUUAACACUGUUAAAUCUGUUAUCACUUUUGGAUUACUUAAUGUUUAAGAUUAAAAUAAGACUACCAAGUUAGUUUUCUAAAAGUUUUAAAAUACUUGCGAAGUAAUUAUGACAACAUUACCUUCCAUUUUAGAAUUAUACAUUAAUUGUUGGUCGCUUGGAUAAGAUUUUAUUAAAUAUUCUGAUACAUUAACUGCUAUGGGUAUUGGAUCAUAUUCAUUUGAAAAAUUUAAUUCAUUCAACAAAAUUCUAUAAGAAUAACAAACCAAAGAGACAAAUAUUGUUAAACCUUAAAUUUUAUAAAUGAUGAAACCAUUAUUUAUGAGUUAUUCCAAAUAAUUUAUGACAGCAUUAUUAUCAGUAUGGAGUAAUUAACUCAAUCUAUUGUAAAGAUUAUUCUUUGAAAAUGAAUAAAUUUUAAUCGAUCCUUUCUCUCUUCAUUAAAAUACCUGCCUUCUAAAGACCAUUGAGAUUAUGAUAAUGAUGUAAUGUCCAAUUGAAUUAUUCUUGGAUAGCCUUUUAGAAUGUCAACAACUAUAAGAGUUGCAAAAAUAUUAUGAUAUUUAUAGAAGGAAGAAAUUAUCGACUACUAUGCUAAAUUUCUAAAUUUCCUAAUAAGAAUCAAAUAUCCUUUAUUUUUUAUAUUGUUAUUUUACUUUUGCUUAAAUAGAUUCACAUUAAUUAAAAAAAGAAAAUCUUCUUCCAUUUUGGAUGCAAAUAAUGAAAAUUCUUUAGAUAUUAGCAUUAUCAAAAUCUCCAAGUACAAAUAUGUGGUUAUUGGAAUUAUAAUUAUUACUAACUCGUAAAUAUUCUCCAAAAGAGAUAAUUGGAGAUUAAAGAUUUCGAAAUUAACAUCAUGAAUUUAUAAAUGAUAAAUUAAAAUAUGUAGCUUAGUUUGGAGGUAAAUUAAAUAUUUUUUGGAAUGAUCCAGGUGUAAAGCCUGAAGGAGACGAUUCAUAUUAAUAAUAUGUUAUAAAAUUUAAAGUUGUUACACCAUUAACACCAACAUUGUAUGAUUUAUAUUUGAAUGUGAUAAAAUCUCUAAACAAGGAACAAUAAUACGAAGUGACAGAAAUAGAGAAAUUAAUAUUUAAUUAAUUAAGUUGUGUAACAGAAGAUUUAAUUCAAACAAAAUAUAGAUUGAUGUGCAUAAAAACAUUAAAAAAUGUAGCUUUAGAAUUACUUUAAAAUUCGUAUGCAGUAGAAAAAACAGAGAGAGUGCUUUUGAGAUGUAAAGAAAUGAUGGAUAUUUUGUAUCCUCUUUUAGAAAAUAGAAGUCAAUAUAAUUAGAUUUAUGUUUAAAUAAUUUCAGAAAUGUUAUACUCUUAAUUAGAUAAAGCUAGAUAAGUUUUAUUAAAAGUAUAUAAGGAUUCGAUUUUAAAUAUUUUUAAUAAGGAAGACUUUUUUAUAUAAUCUAAACAAACUUUAAAGUAUUGGACUAAAAUAAUAAAUUGGGUAGUUUAAUAUGGUAGAAGUGAUUUAUUUACUUAAUAUUUAGAGUAGGUUGCUUAAUAAUCAUCAUUUUUCUUUAGUAGAGAGAGUGAAGAGAAUAAGAGAAGAAUUAAGACUUUUGAAAGAAUAUGUUUUUUGAUUUUUAGUGGAGAAAGAGAUCGUUAUACUAAGAAAUUAGAUUUGUUAAUUGAGAAGAUUUCUGAAGUUAUAAAAUCAGAUUCUGCAAAUCCAGGUUUGGUAAUGCUUAUUUUAUUUUGUGUAAGAAUUCUUAUUUUGAGACUAUCACCAAUUUAAUUAAAUGAACUAUUUAGAAAUAUGUGGCCAACACUCUUAACUUUAUUAAUUAGUAUUUUUAAAAAUAAACAGUCAAAUUAGAAUUUAGUUUUGGCAGCUUUAAAAUUAGUAGAAAUGAUAUCUUUUAUGUAAUAAGAUGAAUUCUUUUUACAUUAAUGGAUAUUUAUUUAUGAUUAUUUUGGGAUAAAGAUUUAAGAGAAUUAAGGAAUUGGAGUACCCAUCACUCCAUUUUUAUAUUAACCUUAUUGUUCAAAUUUUUUAUUUUAGCAAUAUUCAGUUGAUUAUAGUAAGGUAGAAUAGACAAAUGUGACUGAUCCUUAAAAGAGAGAAAUAAUAAUAAAAUAGAUUAAAGUUGAUGGACAAUAAUAAUUGGAAGAUAUAUCUUUAUAAUUGUGUAAUUAUUUGGUGCAGUUGAAUAGCAUUAGAAUUUAUACAAUUAAUGAAGAUAUAGAAGACUUGAUAGAGAACGAUUUCAUCUAAUUGGAUUAGUUUAUUUAUGAAUAAUAAUGA